AGCUCAUGCAAAUGUUUACUCGUGAUAAGUUAACUGCACACACUUCAUAAAGUCUACGAGCAAAUCGCUAAAGUCCACCGUCAGUGCUACAAUGGAGCUCCAGGGGAAAGUUGCGCUGGUGACUGGCGCUGCCCAAGGCAUUGGGAAAGCAAUUGCUGAAAUCCUCCUGAAGAACGGCGCUAAGGUGAGUCUGUUGGAUAUCAAUGUACCCACAGGGGAGGCUACUAAAGUGGCCUUUGAACAAAUCUAUGGAGCUGAGAGUAUUUUGUUCCUUCCAUGUGAUGUAAGAUCUGAGAAUCAGCUGAAAGAUUGUUUCAGCAAAACUCUUGAAAAAUUUCAGAGAUUGGACAUAGUAUGCAACAAUGCAGGGAUCUUUGAUGAGCAAAACUGGGAGAACUGCCUCAGUAUAAACCUGGUCAGUGUAAUUAAAGGAACUUAUCUGGGAAUACAGCACAUGAGUAAAAAGACUGGAGGGAAAGGAGGAGUGGUUGUUAAUAUCGCCUCCAUAGCAGGUCUGUGUCCUUUCUUGCAUGCACAAGUUUAUGCAGCCUCCAAGUUCGGCGUGGUAGGAUUCACAUCAUCGCUGGCUCUGACCUGCCUUGAGGAGCAUGGGGUUCAAUUACAAGUGUUGUGUCCUGGAGUCGUCGAAACUCCACUUAUGACAAAAAUAAAAUCAGACUUGGCUCCGGACAUGAAGGAAUGGCUUGAGAAGUUGAUCGCCACAUAUGGAAUUCUGAAGACCUCACAGAUUGCAGAGGGAUUCUUGCAGCUCGUCAUGGAUCAGACCAGGAAUGGGGCAUUGCUGAAGGCAUUGGAAAUUGGUAAAUUUGAGUACGAAGCCCUCCCUGCGAUUUUUCCAGAAAAUCCAAAAUCUACUUAGGGACCUAAUGGAUUCAAGCAACAAGUCAUUGAGAACAGUGGAAAAUUUAAACCUGGUCAAAAAUAAAAUGAUUACCAGUUUAAUUGGUGGUGCU